CUCUAUUGUCAAGGUAUCACUUGAAGCAGUUUAACAACCAUGAAGCUCAUCGUUUUAGUGCUGUGCGCAGUUCUGGCGAACACCCAUGGAUGCUCCAUGGAGUGAAGGGGCCAAAGUCAUUCUGGGUGCCCACAAUAUAUCCCAAGCAGAGGCGGAUACCAGGCAAACGCUCCGCUCCGAAGAGAUAAUCAUCCACGACGGUUUCUCGUACAGCGACAACGCCGACGACAUAGCUGUGCUCAAAUUGUCUCAGCCAGCGGUACUGAACGAGUACGUCCAGCCAGUUGGUCGGUUCCAAAGGGACCGUGAGUGGUUGGGGUUAUUUCGUUAUGACGAAUACGACCUUGUCCUACAACCUUAA